ACUCUCAUCAAUUCCAAUAAGGAAGUAGCGCUGAAUAUUGGUGUUAUUGAAUGACCCCAUAGCUUUUUUGUGUUACUAUAUACCGUCUGGACUGUCCACCCUUGCGUCUGGGCCAAUAUUUUCUAUACACAGUACUUUCCGAACAACAGCAACAGCGGGAGCAAUAUUCAUUCUAGUCGGUCCAUUCCGAUUGAUCGAUUCAUGAGGACGGACAGUCUUUUUGCAAAAGUAGUGAUAGCGAUAUCAGUAACGACAUCAUCACAUUGAUCGACUAUGGGAGCAGCGACGCGAAGCAUGUCUAAGAGAAGAGCGAGAACUUCCCAUUUCAAAGAAACCGAUGAAUCCCCUGUGAACUAUUGGAGAAAUAGCAGCAGAAAAAAUAGCAACGAAGAACAACUCAACAAUAAAAGCAAUAGCAAUCUGUAUUAUUCGCCCCCACCACAUUCCAACCCAAUACUGUACUCAUCAGAAUAUCAAUGGCGGCGGCAGACAAACUUGGCCAGGCGGCACCAUCGGAGGAUGGAAUAUCUGACUGGGGACGAUGAUCAUAUCAUCCGCGAGGUCCCUUAUGAAGAAUCCGACGAAGACAUAGACGAAAUAGAAUUCUACCAUGAUUACGAAGAAGAGACAAGAAACGCAGGCUCGUUAGUCGUCGACAACGGAGACCGUGAAGCAUACUAUCAACARCACCGCGUUGGUUUUGAYCUCGACGAACACGACACAAGGACUGUGACGAGCAACAACAAAAUGGAAGAGAACAACUGUAAUUCAUCUUCYUCCUCGCACCAAUCYCCGGUGGRAGACGAAWCCGAAACGAGAAUACCUACGUCAGUAAAAAAUAGCUCAAGMCGAAACAGAAGUAGAAGCAGACCMAGAACCAAAACUAAGAACGCGAUCCAUCACGGUCGCGGUGGGAGUCGGAGCGACUCGGAGCUGGAUUCCUUAAGUGCACACAAGCGGGCCCUGCAUGAGGCCAAAUCAMGGUCACCGACAUCGAUCCUAAGGAAAGAUAAUGAGCCGCAUAGCAUAUUAUGGAGCGAAAAUGAUCCCCAACGAAUCAGGAGGACAUCGUCAUCGUCGUCCUUGACCCUGGUAGAUCUGGAAGGCGAAGGUUCGAUUGCGAAUUCGAGCUCGCAUUCGGACAAUUUAUUUAGGAAAGCAUUAACAAGACCAGCAGGAACGAGUACAAUAGCAACGGUCUCAUCCCAACCGUUCYURUUGAGACGAAAACAAUCUUCGAGGUGGAAAAAAAACAAAAUCCUACUCUGGGUACUAACCGGUGUGUCAUAUGCAGCAGGAAUGGUUGCCAUUUAUUACACCCACGGACAAUCGUAUGCAUCCCUUUCUUUUACGCUGGACCAGGUAAUUGCUCAUGCCCAGAAAGAACGGCAACAAGCCGCGGCCCACUUCGACUUCAUUGAAAAGGAACUGCGCGACGUGCGAGAUCAGAUGCUAGACCUUGACCCUGACGGAACGUUUGCAUCAGAGAAUGAGGAGGGACUGCCUGGUGCCAGCGUCGAAARGAACGGAGAAGAGACUAACGAAGCGCCACAGCAGCAACGUCGCCGUUCCGCAACAAAUGGYGGCAGCGAUGGCGGUGACGAAAAUCACCACCUAYAUCACCAACGCGAAACAGCCAGUGAGCUACUCGGUGAGAUUGUGGCAGUGAAAGAAAAACUACGAAUCGAAACGUCUCAGAUGUCUCAGCUCGAGAAGUACAUUCAGGCAAGCAGCUUGAGGGAUGCGAGGCGCAAAUAUGGCACAGGCAUUAUUCGCGUCCAAAUAGACCUGGAUUUCCCUGAGGAUCGAAUUAACCACAACAUYAUUGAAGACAUCAUUGACAACAAUAACAUGUACAACGAAGAGGAUCAUACUAGCAUUGGGCGGCGGAGGCUGAGUUCGCUUGCGGAUGCAUCCGAUACCGUGCUGGUACUGCAGAUGGCUCCACUUGAGCUAAUGCCCCAUUCGGUGUACACGUUUUUGGAAAUGGCAAAUGCAAAACUMUUCGACGGAUGCUCCUUCAUCCUAAAUGCGAUGCACGUCAUCAAGGCAGCACCGCUGCCUUAUGACGGGGGAUCUGCAUCAAAGAAAGUGAAGGCCUUCACAAAGCUAGGCCUCGACUCGGUUGCCUUCCGGGAGUACUCGGAUGAGUAUCCCCACGAGCAGUUCACAGUCGGAUUUGCGGCGGAUGGGAGCCCCUCGUUUUACAUCAACACCAAAGACAAUACCGAGGAGCACCGUGGGGAGCCUUGCUUUGCGUCGAUAGUUUCUGGCUAUGAAACCGUGGAACGAUUGAUGUCGGCUCCGACCCGGAACGGAAUGUGGUUUCGCAAGCGCAUUGGGAUCAAGCAGGCCAGGAUUCUGUAGUCGGUGUUGCCGACAAAACAAUUCGGUGAUGGGCAACAAAUUGCGCAAAAUACUAYAUACUCGUAAUCGUCAGUAAGCGGGCGAAGCAUUUCGUUGUUUGUGGGACGGUGAUAUUAAUAAUUCAUACAGCGAUCUCGAACGAUCGACCGUAUUAGCUACCCAAAAAAAAAAACAAGCAAAAAAAUAAUAGAAUAAAAUAAAGCAAAAUACAAUACUGUAAAAUUGAGUGAUGAARAUUCCAAAAUGAUGUUAGCAUAAAUCGACUGAAGAUGGUUAUGGAGAGGACCAAGUACUGUUUGGAUUCGAGAAAAGUACCACAUCGUGUUUGACAAUGCAUUGCUUGCACGUAGAAAAAGCUUCGAGAAGAGUAUCACGUCCAGUUUUGACUUGCAAGAGAUAAAAAGCAACUCGAACAUUUAGAAACUUAAAAAAUCAAGAUUGUCGGACUGAGCUAAAUUUGGAAACAAAACCGAUGGCGGAAGACAGAGGCGUGGAAUCAAUGGAGGGAUUUGUCAAGUGUGGAACUAAGCAUAGAAAAGGCAGCGUAGACGACAAYGCAGAUCUCCCACUAUCUAUACGCGAAACUGGUUUAGGCUACAAAAGAAACCAAGACAAGACAGAUCCAACUACAGCAUAGAAAUAGGAUUGAAACCAUUGCAAUAGAGCGACAAAAUAGUACCAAUUUAAAGACGGGACAAUUCGGAAAGGCGCGCUCUUGAAUCAAAUAGUUCUAGUAUUAGCUAUAAGGUACCAACCGGAUGAAUAGAUAUUUGGCACGGUGGAGCGGUUGAAAGUGCUGCUCGUGUCAUUGAACAGUAGCGUCUUUGCCGUGGAAUUCCGCCCAGUGCCAAAAGUGCUCCGCGGAACCUUCUGGAUCCGAUACGUGGCAUUCUGGCUCCGGCAAAUGGKAGUGUCUUCGGUGGUACUUCUUUCGGGAACUCGAUACGAGGCGGUGGAGGUGAUCCGUGCGAGAGGCCGAGGGAUCGUCCUCGUGGUCGCUCUCCCCGGUCCAGUCCCAAUAGUUUUCAACCGCGUUGCACUCUUCACCGUGGCRCUCAGUCUUGUGGUCUUGCUGGGGAACCGAUUCGUUCUCUUGGCUGUCCGUCUCGGCUUCCGUGUCGUUGUUGCCGACAGACCAAUCCCAAUACGAUUGCGAUUCUUCGGUUGGUUCCUCGUCURCCGUGGUCUCGUUUCUUUCCCUUCGUAGGGAAUCCGAAAUYAGGUUGGAUUCAAAACGGGCAAGGGAGAAGAAAUCAUCGAUGGCCUCGGCUUUCUCUUCCUCAGCCGUGUCCGGGGCCCAAUCCCAAUAGGAAACCGUCGGUGGUUGCUUCUCAGUCUUUGGAUCGGUUACCAGUGCUUGCUGCUGUGGCUGKGGCUGUGGCUGCCUCUGGAUUUCGGAAGUCAGUGGCAGAUACUUGGCCUGAACGGUUGYCUUAAGGCUUUCCAAUUCAGCAUUGGUGGCGAAUAGUUCGUGUGUCUUACGGUUUGGCGCCAUGGUCGUGAUCAGGGAGGUUUAUAUAAAUUGUAGCAAUUGUU